AUGAACAGAAAAAAUCAGAACGAGUCCAUAAUUUUGACAUCAGAACCUGCAGUGACGAUAAUAGUUGACGAUAAAGUUACCAAAUUGUUCGACGGGUUAUUUAAUCUCUCAUACCCAGUCCAAAGCCUGCAGUUUAUAAACACCUACACUGUAGAAAUAGAACCAGAUUUUCUUAACGGACAAGAAGUUGAUUCUAUUAUUAUUCAAGAAAACAAUAUUAAAGUGAUCCAAACUUACACUUUCAGGAAUCACAAACUUACAUUUAUAGAUCUCAGCCGUAAUGGAAUCCAGUUUGUUGAAAAUCUGGCAUUCGCUAAUCUUUCCAAUUUAGAGGUAAUCUACCUUGCAGAAAACGAACUAACGACUUUGAACUCCAAAGCCUACGAAAACCUACCCAGAUUUGAAGAACUGGUUUUAGUGAAAAACUGCAUCACACAACUGGGACCAUCUUCACUGGAUUUUUCCCAAACGAGAGAUUUUAUGUUAUCUCUGUCACAUAAUAGGAUAACAAACAUCGCCGAAGAUGCAUUCAAAGGAUCAAAUGCCACAGAUAUACAUCUUUUCCUAGAAAACAAUUUGUUGCAACAAAUUUCAGUCAACAUUUUCCACAACCACAGUUUUCUAGAAGUUAGGCUAAAGGGAAACAAAAUUCGUAAAUUGACUGGCAAUCUUGAAGUGCAAAAUUGUAAAAUUCUUAUUUUGCGUAUCGACAACAAUUUCGAUAAACAGAAUUUGCGGUCUCUUUUAAAUUGGACAUUUCGGAACAACAUAACGUUAUUGGACUGUGAGACCAGUGUUGGUACAAAUAUCAACAAUCUUGCCCAACCGGUACAGCUUCAAAAGGGUUUUUCGAUAAAUUUUGAGAUUUUUUUUGUUAUUUGUUUCGGGUGGAUUGUGGUCACAUAA